AUGCCCAAAGGCAAGAGAAAGAUAGUAAUCAAAAAAAUUGAAAAAAACAAAACUAGGCAAGUAGCUUUCUCUAAACGUAGAACCGGACUGUUCAAGAAGGCAUCAGAACUUUGUGUUUUGACUGGUGCCCGAGUCGCUAUUCUGGUUAAGUCUCCUGGUGAGAAGGUUUUUGCAUUUGGUCAUCCCAAUGCAGACGUCCUCAUAGACCGCUAUCUUGGUCAUGAUAACAAUAAGAAUAAUGCAGUUACUCAGCAUUCGGUACCCCCUUUGGCAAUUGAUGAAUAUAAUCAGCAUUAUGUGCAGGUUUCUAGGGAGUUAGAGAUAGAGAAGAAACGUAAAGUGAAGGUUCCGGUUAGCCAAAGUGGAGCCAAGUGGUAUGAAGAGCCCGUUGAAGAGAUGAAUGAUGUGGUUGAGUUGGAACAAUAUCUUUCGUCACUGGUGGAAUUAAGGAAGAAAGUGGAGACAAGGGCAGAUGAACUCAUGAUGAUCAAGACAGGCCGGAGGUUCUUGUCUACUUCCAACGUGUCUGAGAUUUGCUCGAAUAAUGCUUCUGAAAUCUGCUCGAAUAAUGUUUCUGCAAUUGGCUCAAAUAAUCCUUCUGUAUUAGGGUGGAAUAAUAAUGGUGUUCCUACGCUUGGUCAACCUUCAAAUGCCAAUGUCAAUGUCGGGCCAGAUUUUGACCCCAUGAUGAUCAAGACAGCCCCGAUGUUCUUGUCUGCUUCCAACAUGUCUGAGAUUGGCUCGAAUAAUGCUUCUGAAAUCUGCUCAAUUAAUCCUUCUUUAUUAGGGUGGAAUAAUAAUGUUGUUCCUAUGCUUGGUCAACCUUCAAAUGCCAAUGUCAAUGUCGGGCCAGAUCUUGACCCCAUGAUGAUCAAGACAGCCCCGAGGUUCUUCUCUACUUCCAACAUGUCUGAGAUUGACUCGAAUAAUGCUUCUGAAAUCGGCUCGAAUAAUGUAUCUGAAAUUGGCUCGAAUAAUUCUUCUGUACUAGGGUGGAAUAAUAGUGUUCCUAUAGUGGGUGAACCUUCAAAUGCCAAUGUCAAUGUCGGGCCAGAUUUUGACCCAUGCUCAUCCCUACACGGUGGAAUUGAUUUCAAGGAAGACUGGGACUUUGAUGAGCUGUUAAAUAAAUGGUUUUAA